AAUUAAGAAUAUUAUAUAUUCAUAAUGGCCAGUGAAAAUAUAUAUCUCUUUGUGCCUAACUUAAUUGGCUAUGUGAGAAUUAUUUUCAUGUUGGUUUCAUUUUAUUUCAUGCCUUCCAGUCCUUGGAUUGCUGUUAGUUUAUAUUUAACAAGUGAAUUUUUGGAUGCAUUUGAUGGGCAUGCUGCACGUGCAUUAAAUCAAUGCACAAAGUUUGGUUCAGUUUUAGAUAUGGUGACUGACAGAUGUUCAACUACUGGUCUGCUUAUUGUUCUUGCUCAAUUUUAUCCAAGAUAUCAAGUUGUGUUUCAGUUUCUUGUUGUUCUUGAUAUUUUUAGUCAUUGGGUUCAAGUAUAUAGCAACUUACUAACUGGUACCCAAUCACAUAAAACUGUUGCCGAAAGUGGAAAUGCAUUUUUGAAAUUGUACUAUAAAUCAAGGGCUGUCUUGUUUACGAUGUGCGCUGGAAAUGAGUUGUUCUUUGCUAUGUUAUAUCUUCUUCACUUCUCCAGUGGACCAAGCAUGUUUGGUUUUGGUUUGUGGAAGGUCAUAGCUUGUAUUACAUUUCCGAUCAGUCUUACAAAAAAUGUUUUAAAUAUAAUACAACUUGUCAAUGGCUUCAAGGCUGUGGCUGAUAUUGAUAUAAAAGAUAGAACAAAAAAAAACUGAAGUUAAACUGAAGAUCUUAAGUUAAAUUUAAAAAUAACUGAAGUUUAAAAAGCAUUGUAAAUUUUAUAAAUCUAAUUU